UGUGAACCGCAGGAACCCUAACCCGCCCACUAGUAAUAACAAAACGUUUCAUAUUAGGUUUCUAAAAGUUGCUGUGCAUUUUCCUUCUUUCAUUUUCAUUACCAUCCAAAUCCCUAACAAGUCACCGCCGCUGCCGGAUACACACCUUCAUCCAUCCCCUCAACCCACACCACCACCAACCUUCAAAACUACCCACCACCACCAUAUUCAAAUUGUUUUAUUACUCACAACCAGUCAAUAAUCCUAAAGAGACACGAUUCUCAUUCACUCAUCUUGUUCAAGAUUUACUUUUUCUUUCUUGUUGUUUCGAAGAAUAGUGUAUUCUUAUUGUUUUGGAGUUUUCUAAAUUAGACUUUUCUCUAUUCUUUCUUGUUUCUUUCUUGUUGUUUCGAAGAAUAGUGUAUUCUUCGUCUUUACUUGCGCAAUUGCUUUUGAUUUUCUGGAUUUUGCAUCGGUUAGGUUUAGUUUGUAUUCUCGGUUUUUCAGAUUUGAUUUUACUGUGAUAGUUUGAAACUUUGUUUUUGGGUUCUAGAAAAAGAGCGAUGGUGUUCAAAAACAGGUACAUGGUGAUGGAGGUUUUUAUGAAUCCUAAUAGAGAACAAGCAUCGGGUGAUUCUAUUAUAAUUACUCAGUUUAAUAUCUCUAAUGCUAUAAAAGAUAGCAUCAUGGUGAAUUUUGGGGAGUGUGGUUUGGCGGCAUCACUAGGAUCAUUUCAGGUUAAGUAUGUGAAUCCAAUCACUAAUGUGUGCAUUAUUAGAGCUUCAAGAGAGGAGCAUGAAAAAGUAUGGGCUUCUAUUACUAUGGUUAGAAGUAUUGGAAAUUUUCCAGUGGUGUUUAAUUUACUUGAUUUAUCUGGAAAUUUACAGGCUUCUAAAACCGCCGCAUUGAAGUGCGAAAAAGCAAAAUUUGAACAGUACAAACUUAUGGUUGGUGAUCGAUUGUCAGCUGACGAUACUCAUCGUAUGAAUAAUCAUCUUGCAAAGAUUGAACUUUUGGAGCACUGAAUACUUGGCCAUCAUCAAGGGCAGGAAAAGGGGCUAACUAACCUGGAGCUGCAUACCCAAAGGUGCCUGCAAAUGUGGUCCAGCUGCUUGAAUCAGGCUUUAGAAACUUGGCUGUUCCAAAAUCUGAAAGUUGAGCUUCAUAGGAUGAAUCCAAAAGAACAUUCUUGCUUGAUAUGUCACGAUGAACUAUCGGAGGUAUGCAGUCGUGAUGCAUAUAGGACAAAGCAUUAGCCACGCCUCGAACAACAUUCACCCUCUUUUCCCAAUCAAAUGCAGUGGCUUUUGUGUCAUUGUUUAGCAUUUGAGUCAAAGUUCCACCUUCCAAGAACUUAUAAACCAAAAAUGAGAAUCUUGAAUGUUGACAAUAUCCGUAGAGCUUUAUGAUGUUACGAUGCCUGAUU